AUGUUUUCAAUCUAUAUACUUGCCAUUGUUACUUUAUCGCAUCUACUAUUCAGGUGGAUAAUAUAUCCUGUGUGGUUUUCUGCUUUAGGAAAAAUACCAAACGCACAUUGGUCGGCGCCUUUCAGCUCUUUCUGGAUACAAUGGAGACGCUAUCUUGGCAAGGAAGUCGAGACUGUUUGCGAAGCCAUCCAAAGAAAGGGCAAUAUUGUCCGUUUAGGACCUAGUGAGCUCCUCGUCAAUGAUUAUGAUGGAGGUGUUCGUAAAAUAUAUGGUGGUGGAUUCGAGAAGCCUGAUUGGUAUACCUUUUAUGAAAAUCAUGGGAAGCGAAACAUUUUCACAUCGUUAGGCAAAGACCAUGUCCCUCGCCGUCGUCGAAUCACGAAUGUGUACAGCAAAACGUUCAUUCAGGAUUCUCCUCAAGUUCGAGAAAUUCUUUCUACAUUAGUUUUCCAGAGAUAUCUACCCGUUCUCCAAAAUGCUUCAUAUAAACAAAUACCAUUUGGUAUUCUUGGACUCAAUCUGGCGUACGGGAUAGAUGCGGUCGGCGCGUUCAUGGUUGGGCUUCCCCGCGCGACCCAAUUCAUCCAUGACGUCGAAGCUAGAAAUAUAUGGCUGGAUGCUUACCUUAAAAGCCACCCCAGCGACAAUAUGUUUUGGUUACUGGAAGCUCCUAAAUUAACACGUUUUCUUGCGAAGAUUGGUCUGGACCCGAUUCCGAAAUCUGUGGAACAAGCUCACCAUAAACUGGAGGAGUGGGCUUUGCGACUUACGGAUGAGACAGAGGAAGCUUGGAACGAGGCGAAUCUGAAGCCUCAUUCUGAAAGAGAUACACCUAUUGUUUAUAACCAACUAAGGCUUGCCAUCUCUCAAGAGUUGCGAAACAGUGGCUUCAAGGAAGAUGAAGCUUCAUUGUAUGAAGCACAACGACUGGAACUUGCUAGUGAGAUUCUGGAUCAACUAGUCGCGACUCGAGAUGUUUUCGGUAUCACAUUCACGUAUAUUCUCUGGGAAAUUUCCAAGCAUCCAGAAUGGCAAGAAAAACUCCAAGCUGAGCUACGCUCGGUCCCCAACCCUCUUUAUCUUUCAACACGAUUUGAUGACACAAAGAUGAUGACUCCAAAGCAGUUGGAAGCAUUAUCAAUCUUGCGGGUAAUGAUUAAAGAGUCUAUGCGUCUCCGAGGCACGCUACCAGUCCCGAAUCCAAGGUUAACGCCAUAUGACCGACCCACAACGAUCGGGCCAUAUGAGAACAUACCAGGUGGCGUAAGGACAAAUUCGUUCGCGUGGUGUCUGCAUCGUGACGCAUCCGUCUACGAGGAUCCGGAUGUCUGGCGGCCAGAACGUUGGAUCCGCUAUUCAGACGAGAGGGAGGAAAUGGAUAAGCAGUUCUGGGCAUUUGGAAGCGGAAGCCGAUUGUGCCUAGGUAUGAGCUUUGCAAUGGAAAUGAUCAGAUAUGCCGUUGCCGGCAUUUACACCAAUUUCAGUACUUCGGUUGUAGACGAUAGUACCUUCUGUACUAAUGGACAUUUUGUCACUGGGCUACCUGGGGAGGAUCUGGUUCUCCAGUUCACGCCACUAGAUCCAGUGUCGGCUAGCACAUGA